GCUAGACAUCGAUGCGCUCGACUAGCAGGCAUGCUCCGUGGAACACGUGGUUAGCGCGCAGCGAUCAGGUCUGGGGAGUUGCGGCCGGCUGAGUACAGACAGAGAGGCGGCGAUGGCGCAGAUCCAGGCGCGCUUCUUCACCAGGAAUAAGAAGUAUAAGAUCGAUGAUGUUCCUUUUUCCAUUCCGGCCUCCUCCGAAAUAACAGAUCUCAGUAAUGUCGUCAACAAGGUGCUCGAAACCAAGAAUGAAGAACACGCUCAUGUGGAGUUCGACUUCCUUGUCAAGAGCCAGUUCCUGCGGCUGCCACUUAUUAGACAUAUGGAAGUGGAGGGCAUUUCCACAGAAGAAGUGGUUGAAAUUGAAUAUGUUGAAAAGAUCACCGCUCCCCAGCCUGAAGAAUGCAUGCUACAUGAUGAUUGGGUCAGCUCCAUAGCAGGAAGUGAAGAAUGGAUUUUAACUGGUUCUUAUGAUAAGACAUGUCGGAUCUGGUCAGUGGAAGGGAAGCCACUAAUGACCAUUGCAGGCCAUACUGAAGUUGUUAAAGAUGUUGCUUGGGUGAAGAAAGACAGCCUGUCCUGUUUGUUACUGAGUGCAUCAAUGGACCAGACCAUCCUUCUGUGGGAGUGGAAUGCUGAGAAGAAUAAAGUGAAGGCUCUUCAUUGUUGCAGAGGACAUGCUGGCAGUGUGGACACCAUAGCUGUGGACGGAUCCGGCAGUAAAUUUUGCAGUGGAUCAUGGGACAAGAUGCUGAAGAUCUGGUCUGCAGUUCCAACAGAUGAAGAAGACGAAGUUGAGGAGAAGUCAAACCGUCCAAAGAAGAAACUGAAAACGGAGCAGCUUGGAUUAACAAGGACACCGGUUGUGACUCUCUCUGGACACAAUGAAGCGAUUUCAUCAGUGCUGUGGUCAGAUGCAGAUGAGGUUUGCAGUGCAUCGUGGGAUCACACUAUCAAAGUGUGGGACAUUGAGGCAGGGGAAACUAAGACCACUUUGACUGGCAGCAAAGUAUUUAACUGUAUCUCCUACUCGCCAUUGUGCAAGCGCCUGGCAUCUGGUAGUGCAGACAGACAUAUCCGUUUAUGGGAUCCAAGAACUAAAGAUGGGUCCCUGGUUCUGCUGUCCUUAACUUCUCACACGGGCUGGGUAACAGCAGUGAAAUGGUCCCCCACCAAUGAACAGCAACUUGUCUCUGGAUCUCUUGAUCGCUAUGUGAAGCUCUGGGACACCAGGAGUUGUAAAGCACCUCUAUAUGAUCUUUCUGCACACGGAGAUAAAGUUUUAAGCGUUGACUGGACAGAACAUGGGCUGAUCCUAAGUGGAGGGGCAGACAACAAGCUGUACUCCUACAGAUACACAGCGCCACCUUCAGAUGUUGGCGCAUGAACUGCAUCAUGGACUGAAGAGAUUUUUAUUUCUGCAAAAUCUGUUGUAAAUGAAGUUGGCUGGAGAACUGGUCCUUUUUAAUACUAUAGUAUAUUUGUACAGAAAACAACAUGAAUGCAUUUGCAGUUUUCUUUAGUUGGCAGAAAGAAAUUUAUUAGAAGGUUGUCCAAUUCUAAUUUCAGUCCCCCCACAUUUUAACUAUCCCAUGGCACACAGGAGCCAGAGCUAACUCAUUGCCAUUUAUGAUCUAUUUGCUGUGUGAACAGAAGUAACUACAUGUGAGUCCGAGUAAGCAGAGAUACAAUGGAGGUAACCUGUGCAAUAUAAUCUGCCUUUAUAAUGGUUGUGCAUUAAAUUGUCACACUCUGAUAUUGAA